AUGACAAAAUUCUUAGUUUCAUUGUUUCUAUUACAAAUUAUCGUACCAGUGAUUAUUAGUCAAGUGUACAAUUCCUUUAAUGAUAACAUAGUAGGAGAUGGGUCAUUGAAUAAUAACGGAAAUAGUGGGAUGCGUAGAAGUGAUGAAAUUCGCAGAUCCAACAACAAAGAGAAGCGUAGGAAUCGUCCCAACGCAUACGGUUUUAUUGGAGGAUUUGGUUACUUUGGUAGAUUAGAUGAGAGUGAUAGUCGCAAACCUGAAUCGAACCGCAAUCGCAGAAGAGAUUAUGAAAAUACAGGAUUUGAUUUCGGUGCAAUAGUCGGUAAAUCAGUUACGGAUGAUGUUCCGAGAAGUAAAAUCAGAGUUCCGGUGCCAGUUAAUAUUUCCGGAGUAAUGUUUUGCAAUCGUGUGUCAGCCUAUGCAGUGCUUAUUAAUAUCGUGGAAGAAGUUCCAUAUGAGGCAGAAGAAGGUAAGAAAUACGGUAAAUUACGAAUUAGCGACUACAAACUUUCUGACCGCGAUGGUUAUUUCGAGAUCGUCGGUCGCAGAUAUAUUAUAACGGAUCUGUUGUUAUUGAAUAUUACUCACCAUUGCUUGCCAAAUUCAAAACGGAAAAAGUAUCGGAACUGCUUUACAAAUAUCAUGUACAGAAUUCGCAGUGAUCUAAAAAAUAUGAGAUAUAAUGUCGGUGAAAUUUAUCUGGAUCGAUUAGAAUUGCAAAAUAAUGUGCAAUGCCGUGAAUGGCCCUAUGAAUAUCCUCAAUUCGUUAAAGAUUAUAUCGCCAAAAAUCCAACAUAA